GACCGUUCGGGGCGGACCAAUCGACGACACCAGCGAAAGGGCCUUGCCUUCAAGCCUUGCUUGACCCCCUUCUCCCUCCUCCGUCUUGGCCUAGAGAGAGAAAGAGGGGGGAGAGAGAGAGGAACACAGAGGCGCCUAGUGAGGGGGAGCGCUCGGCCGGCGGCGAGCGCCUCCGCCUGCCCUCUUCCACCGGUCCGCCCCAGGCGAUGAGCAAGAGCAAUGUACCAGCCAAAUCUAAUUUAUAGCACUGGUCCAACUCAAAGCAAUCCUGGUGUUCAAGAUCUAAUGGGGCUAGGCAAUGGCGCUAUGGUCCCUCAAAAUGGAGGAAACAACAACCCUAACAUGGGAGCAAGGCAAAGGUUACGGUGGACAAAUGAGCUGCAUGACCGCUUCGUGGAGGCUGUUACACAACUUGGCGGGCCAGAUAGUGCCACUCCAAAGGGAGUUCUUAGGAUUAUGGGUGUGCCAGGACUUACAAUAUACCAUGUGAAGAGUCACUUGCAGAAAUACCGUCUUGCAAAAUACAUUCCAGACCCUUCUGCCGAUGACAACAAAGCUGAAAAGAAAAAUCCAGGGGAUUUGCUGGCAGCACUUGAAGGUUCCUCUACAAUGCAGAUAUCUGAAGCCCUGAAGCUGCAGAUGGAGGUCCAGAAGCGGUUGCAUGAACAAUUGGAGGUACAAAGGCAGCUGCAGCUGCGAAUUGAGGCACAGGGCAAGUAUCUUCAGAAGAUCAUUGAAGAGCAGCAGCGCAUCACUGGUGCUGGAGCUUCUAGAGCCACAUCAAGUGAACAGUUGCUCGAUUCUGAGAGAACUAACCCAUCAACCCCUGUGCCAACAUCUGAAUCUCCGCUUCAGGCUGUACCAUUCAGCAAGGACAACGGAAACCUAGUUGAGCCCAUAGAGAGUGCCUCACAUGAUGAACUUCCUCAUGGUGAACCCCAAACCCCUGAUUCCAACUCUCGGCCGGGUUCUCCAACGCUUAGCCCAAAGCAUGAGUGCCCAGCCAAGAGGCAGAGGGGCAGCAGCUAUGGUACCCCGGUAGCUGAUGGCGACUUUGCCCUCCCACACAUCUUUGAGUCAAGUACAGGCUCUGAGUUCCAACAAUGUUCGAUGCCGUACUCCAGCCAUUAGCCUCUGGUGGUUCGGCCAAAGCUAAUUUUUCCGGUGCAGUACAUUAUGUGGUUUCCGUCUGUAGCCCGCUGGUAGAUUUUUGGCUUCUUUUGACAGAAAUACCAUUAUUAGACAAAAAAAAAGUUUAGGUGUUCAGAGCAGAUUUGUUGCACAUGACAUGGAUAGUAUCUGUAACUCCCUAGUAUCAUCUUAGAUGUUACUGUAAUAUAUCUUGUAUUUAAGUUAUGAACCUUUUAGGAGGGGUCUGUAAUAUUUCAUGGCCGUUUAUGGUUGUUGCUUCCCUGUUGAGGCGGGAGUUUUUCUAAAA